UUGUUCAAAAAGAAGGUAAAAGUGGACAGUAUUUAAUUUAUUCAAAGUUUCUCAAUAUACAAUCGGGAUUUCAAAGAAAUAGUUUCGUAUGUGAUAGCUCUGCAGACUUGAGGGAAAGAUCGGAAAUAUGGCGGCCGACGAAUGGAGAUUAUGUGUGAAUUGGCUAGUUCAGUGUAAAAUUUUGCCCGAUGAUCAUCGGGCUACACACCCAGAGGCACAAGCUUUUGAUCUAGCACAGGCUUUAAGAGACGGGGUCUUGCUUUGUCAUCUUUUGAAUGCCAUAAAACCAUAUUGUGUUGACGCAAAAGAUUUCAGUCCUCGGCCUCAACUGUCGCAGUUUCUGUGUUUGAAGAAUAUUCGUACAUUUCUCGUGACAUGUGAGAAGGAAUUCAAGAUAGAAAGUAGAGACUUAUUUGAGCCUCCUGAUUUGUUUGAUGUGAAAAAUUUCCGAAAGGUAUUACACACUCUUUCAAAACUCUCAAAGACAGAUUUAGCUCUGAAGAAAGGGGUCAGAGGAUUCCCACAACACAAUGAUAAUGAGGAACCAGAAGAAGAUAUCUAUGGCAACCUCUCAGAUAUGGCCAUUGACCAUGACAUUGAAGAUAAUGAAGAUUUGUAUGAUUCUGUGUACCAGGAAGGGGGAGAUGAUGAGAUAUAUGAGGACCUAUGCUCAACUAAACGCACGAGACAUAAACAAUCUAGGGUCAGCACAAGUAGUGUAUCUGAGUUACCACCACCAACAACAAAGAGAGAUUAUUGUAUUAAAGAGAUGGUUGAUACAGAGAGAAAUUAUGUUGAUGCCCUCAGAAUGAUAGUCAUGCAAUUUAUCAAGCCUAUGAAAUCAGUGAUAUCCCACACAGACAAGGAGAUCAUUUUCUCACAAAUCGAGACUAUGUUAGAGGUACAUACAGGUUUUCAUGCAGAAUUACACCGAGCUUGUACCACAGAUAAACCAAAAAUACACGAGGUAUUCGUUAAAUGGAAGCCCAAGUUACUUAUUUAUGGAGACUAUUGUUCAAAUUUACCAAAAGCUCAAGAACACAUAGAGGAAUUGACAAAGAAAAAUGAACAAGUCAAAGAAAAAAUAGAGGAAUGUGAGAGGGAUGCUAAUGAAGCCAGAUUCCGCCUGCGAGAUUUGUUACACGUGCCCAUGCAGCGAGUUCUAAAAUAUCAUCUCUUGUUAAGAGAGUUAAUAAAGAAUACAGAUCGGGCUGUCAAUGAUGUAUCAUCACUACAGAUAGCACUUGAAGCCAUGCAGGAUCUCUCUCUUUAUGUAAAUGAAGUGAAGCGUGACAACGAGGUUUUGCAACUCAUACAAGAUAUACAAAAUAGUAUUACAGAUUUACAAAUGCCACAGAAUACGUCAUUACGUGAUUAUGGGAAGUUACAGAAGGAUGGUGAACUGAAGGUGCGGUCACAUGUAGAUAAUAAAGUUAGACAAAGAUACAUUUUCCUGUUUGACAAGGUGAUGUUAAUGGGAAAAUCAAAGAUAGUGGACAAGUUUCUCUGGGGAGAAACAUACAGUUUUAAAGAAGCAAUAGUUUUAGCAGAAUACAAGGUGGAUGGUUCUUCAGCUGUGAAAGAUGGAAAUAGGCGACCUGACAAGUGGAAUUGCUCGUUCCAAAUUGUAAAGCAAGACAAUUCAAUGGCAUACACCUUCUUCGCAAAAACUGAGGAAAUUAAAAACAAAUGGAUAGAGGCAAUCAAUCUUGCAUUGGAUAAUACACAGCCAGCAGCAGGCAAGAAUUUUAUAAUGACAACAUUUAGUGAACCCAAGGUCUGUGAUAUUUGUGGAAAGCUCCUUCGUGGUGUCUUCUUUCAGGGGUAUAAAUGCCCAGUCACUGGUAUGUGUGUACAUAAAGAAUGUAUUGGUAAAAAGAAGCAAGAACAGACACCCCCUGUUACCCCACAUAGAAGAGAAAAAUACAAGGCCAAAGUAGAAUAUGUAGGAGAACCAAAUCCUCGGCCACGGAAAGCACUAUUGUUCAAAGUCAACGCGAUUAUAGAAGUUACACAGAAAGAACAUGAUUGGUGGAGAGGAAAAUGUGAUGAUCAAGACGGCUGGUUCCCGUCUCAAUUUGUAGAGGAAGUAAGACAGUACAACAAACAGUCAAAGCGAGCCCGACGACCCGCCAUGCCAGAUUCAGGAUACAUACCAGUUGUUAUACAACGUGGGACAAAUAAAGUCAAAUUCGGUUCUGUUAACACAACUUUGAGUAAAGACAUAAAUAGGUCAGAUUGUUUAGAACAAAUGGAUUGGUACGUAGGUCCUUUAGCACGUGAUCAAGCUGGUGAAAGGAUGAAAAAAUUGCCAGAUGGUACAUACUUAGUUAGAGAUAGUGAAAACCCCCAGCGUAAAGGCAAUCCUGCUCUCAGUAUAAAGUUUUCAGGAACAGUUCGACACAUAAAGAUAGAAAAGAAUUCAGAGAACAUGUAUUAUAUGGCUGACACCAGGUUCUUUCAUUCAUUGCCAGAGUUAAUAGAGUUUUACCAGAAGAAUUCAUUAUCGGACAGUUUCCCUGAAGUUCAGACUAACCUUCUAUAUCCAUAUAAAUCUGUCGCUUCCAAUCCACAAGCCACCAAUGGCAUAACAUCACCACUCAGAGUUGCACUCCCACCAAAGCCUGAGAAUUCUACUGCGGGUCAGCGUAUAAUGAGUUAUGCGACAGCUGUAUAUGACUACGCAGCGACGGCAACAACACAGAUCAACUUGAAGGCCGGAGACCGUAUAGCGGUGCUCAGUAAAACAGGAAGUGAUAAGGGAUGGUGGAAAGGAGAACACCUGGCCACGCAUAAAGUCGGCUAUUUCCCAUUUGCCUAUGUGAGAGAAGAGGACGAAGAAUGAAGCAACCCACCUUGAUAAACUCGAGUCCCUAGACAAAAACAUGGAAUACUUCAGAGAUGGUUUACCAAAUGUUAUAACAUGAAUACUUCAGAGAUGAUUUACCAAGUGUUAUAACAUUCAGAGAUAAUUCAUUAAGUGAUAUAACAUGACUACUUCAGAGAUGGAUUAUCACAUGUUAUAACAUGAAUACUUUACCAAGUGUUAUAACAUGACUUUAUCCAAUUUUGCGGCCAUACAUUAAACUUUUAUUAUUUCAUGAUAAAUGUAGAACAUUGUUUGACAAAGUGACUCACUAAACUCUCUGUCAAUAUCAACUUCAUAUUUGAACAAGUUUUAUUAUAUAAAUGUCCAGCAGUUAUAUGGCUGUACACAUAGAUCAAAGUUUUUAUGAAAACAAUGUUGCAUAUACUACAGUCACUACAGACAGAUAUUAUCAUAAGCUAUAUAUACUUGCUUUCUUCAUAUAGACAAAUUUGCCUUAUAAAAUAUUUUUCAUUUUGAAAGAGUAGCAUGUUAAAAAGCUUCCAACUUCAAACAAGGUGUAGCCUACAGUUGUAUGGACUAAGGGUUUGAUUGGAUUUAUUAUUAUUAUCAUGUUAAAAUAAUAGAGAUAAGAAGAAAGUAGAGUGAUGUUUGCUUAUUUAAUAUAAAUGGCACAGAUAAAGAAGUAAUCUGGGUUUUGUUUUGAAAAUGAAGUGUGUUAUGCGAAUACCUCAGUUAUUUUUUCAGCUUAUUCCAUUUUGACAUUCUUUAUUAACCCGUAAUCAGCUGAAUGUCUUAAAUGGACUUGUCCAUCUUUGAAUUAGGAACAGUUCAUUUAAUGUUUUAAGGGAUUUCAGAAUCAAAAUAUAAAAAUCAGGGUUUUUUUCCAGGAUUUUGGGAACAUGACCCAUACCCAUGGAAUUGGUAAUUUCAGCAAUGUUUUGUUAAAAAAAUGGGGGGAAAAUGCACAACUUAAAUUUUGCAAUCAUUAAAUGAAUGUAAAGAAUCACUGUGUAGGAUGACAUCUUCAAAUAUUUAAUCACCUUCACAGUGAAGAAGCCCUUAUUUUCAAAGAUUUUAGAAUUUCUUAUUCAAUAUUUCUGUUUUGUAACUUCAAAGUGGGAAUUUUUUCCUGUGGAUUGGGAAAAUAAUAUACUUUUUUCAAUUGGGAAUAUGACCGAAUAUAGGCUAUAAGAUAAACCCUGAAAAUCAGGGUCAGACUGCAUGGAUGUGUCGGCUGAUUUGGUUGUUUACUGGUUGUAAAGGCAUGGGUUAAAGGUUAUGGGUUAAAAAUGGUUCGCUAGAGAAAAGUAUCCUAGAUAUUAGUAUGUUAAAGAAAUAUAUUUUGUCUUUUUAAAUUGAAAUAUCAUCAGUCUGAAUGGUGUUAAUCAUCUAAUUAACACUGGUUUGGAGUUUCGAUGUGUAGGAUUUGACCACAAAGGCUGGUUAAUUUUUUUGCAUCAAAAGUACAAAACCGAUGUUUAAAAUAGCCAAUAAACACCACUCAGACAUUUAUUAUUUCGAUUCUAACAAGACAAAUUUAGUGAGAUCACUAAUUCUAUUUUUUCAAGCCAAGAUUACUUCCACUGCCGAUUUUCAUAUAACGCUGUUCUUUUUCACACCCUUCUGUUGCUAAGGUAUAAAUAUUAUUGAACAAAAGAAACAAUAAAAAGAAGUUUCACCUUAUUAUUCAAGAAUUUUUUUCAUAUGACUGACUGGAUUGUAUGGUGUUAACAUCGGUGCUCUAUUAAUCAUUAUUCUGGUGCCUCCAUGAAUGAGUUGCGUUAUAGGUUAAUGUCAUUGUGUUGCUUACAAAGUGGCGCAGACUUUUGUUAUAUAAAAUAAGUUGAAAUCUGUGGCGUUCAUGUAUGCGAGAUGUUAUUUUAGCUUCAUAUGAAAAGAAAUCAUCAUAAGAACAGAAAAGAUCAAUAAUAUUGUCUUAUUGCUGUUCAUUUCUUUUUUUCUUGAAAUACCAUUGUCUACUUUGAUAAAAGAAAACAUAACAAAGAUAUAAGGUAUUUAAUAUUGGACUAUAUAUAUUUCAUUGUUACAUAUGUAAUAUUGGACUAUAUAUUUUUCAUUGUUACAUAUAUAUAUGUCAUUGUUACACAUGUAAUAUUGGACUAUAUAUAUGUCAUUGUUACACAUGUAAUAUUGGACUAUAUAUAUGUCAUUGUUACACAUGUAAUAUUGGACUAUAUAUAUAUAUAUAUGUCAUUGUUACAUAUGUAUUAUUGGACUGUAUAUAUGUCAUUGUUACACAUGUAAUAUUGGACUGUAUAUAUGUCAUUGUUACAAAUGUAAUAUUGGACUGUAUAUGUCAUUGUUACACAUGUAAUAUUGGACUGUAUAUGUCAUUGUUACACAUGUAAUAUUGGACUGUAUAUAUGUCAUUAUUACACAUGUAAUAUUGGACUGUAUAUAUGUCAUUGUUACACAUGUAAUAUUGGACUAUAUAUAUGUCAUUGUUACACAUGUAAUAUUGGACUAUAUAUAUGUCAUUGUUACACAUGUAAUAUUGGACUGUAUAUAUGUCAUUGUUACACAUGUAAUAUUGGACUAUAUAUAUGUCAUUGUUACACAUGUAAUAUUGGACUAUAUAUAUGUCAUUGUUACACAUGUAAUAUUGGACUGUAUAUAUGUCAUUGUUACACAUGUAAUAUUGGACUAUAUAUAUGUCAUUGUUACACAUGUAAUAUUGGACUAUAUAUAUAUGUCAUUGUUACACAUGUAAUAUUGGACUAUAUAUAUAUGUCAUUGUUACGCAUAUCUCAUUCUAGCAGGUUUAUAAAAGGAGUUUAAUUGUUACUUUUUCAAAGUUUCAUUAAACCAAUGUGGGAUUUUGUGUUAUCAUUUAAUUAUGCUAAAAUUGUUGGAAUAAUGAAAUUUUUGUUCUGUUGUUUAAGCAGUUGCCAAAAUCAAGUUGAAAUUAUUUGUUGUUUAUUGUUUUGUACAAGGUAUGUGAUGAGAUAGAGCUGUAAUGUUAUAGGGUAGAUACAGUGUGAAAUGUUCCAGUAGGUUUGACUACUACCCUGUGACAUAAAUGGAGAAGAAAUCCUCCAAAAUUUUACUGAAAAUUAAAUAAUAACGGGUUUAUUUUAUUUUCCCAUGUUACAGAUAAAAAUGUAAACACAGUAUAUACAUCUGUCCUUAUUCAUUUUGUAAAACAUUUAUUUACCAUAGAGUGAUGUAUUAUUUGUAUAUGAUAUAAAUGACUAAUUGUGACAAAUCAAUUAAUAUAUAAAAAGAAUCAUUAUUUUGAAUGUACUAUAAAUAUAUAUAUAUAUAUAGA